GACCAGCAGAGGUUCCCAUGAUGUCACCCAAUGGAUCCAUUCCCCCUAUUCAUGUGCCUCCCGGUUAUAUCUCACAGGUGAUAGAAGACAACACCGGUGUUCGGAGGGUGGUGGUAACCCCCCAGUCUCCGGAGUGUUACCCUCCUAGCUAUCCUUCGGCCAUCUCUCCAACCCAUCACUUACCUCCAUACCUGACGCACCAUCCCCAUUUUAUUCACAAUUCUCAUACAGCUUUUUAUCCUCCUGUCACUGGACCUGGGGACAUGCCACCACAGUUUUUCCCACAGCAUCAUCUUCCCCCAACAAUAUAUGGAGAACAAGAAAUCAUACCACUAUAUGGGAUGUCCAGCUAUUUUACCAGGGAAGAUCAGUACAGCAAACCACAGCACAAAAAACUCAAAGACAGGCAGAUUGACCGCCAAAACCGUCUGAAUAGUCCUCCUUCAUCCAUCUACAAAAGCCAUAUAGGCAGCUGCACAACUGUAUAUAAUGGUUAUGCAAAGAGUCAUAAUGGAGCAAGCAGUGGAGGUGGCGGCGGGGGGGCUCCAGCAGUAAAGAAACCGGAACGCAGAGCAAGAAGCAGCCCAAAGUCAAAUGAACAAGACCCGCAUGAAUUUGAUUCAGAAACAAAAAAGGUUCAAGACAUUCUUUCUGGAAUGGAGAAACCACAGGUUACAAAUAUUCAAGCAAGAACAGUUUUACUUUCCUGGUCACCUCCCACUGGCCUUCUAAAUGCAGAUAGACACAACAAUGGUUUGCCUUACACCUGUACCUACGAGGUUGCCUUAUCGGAUAAAGGGAGGGAUGGAAAAUACAAGAUAAUUUACAGUGGAGAAGAAUUAGAAUAUAACCUGAAAGACCUUAGGCCAGCAACAGAUUAUCACGUCAGGGUAUAUGCAACGUACAACUCAGUAAAGGGUUCCUGCUCAGAGCCAGUAAGCUUCACCACUCACAGCUCAGUACCAGAGUGUCCCUUCCCACCCAAACCCUCGCACAGGACCAAAAGCUCCUUAACCUUGCAAUGGAAGGCGCCCAUUGAUAAUGGUUCAAAAAUCACCAGCUACCUUCUGGAGUGGGAUGAGGGAAAUAGGAACAGUGGUUUCAGAGAAUGCUACUUUGGAAGCCAGAAGCAUUGCAAGUUGACUAAGCUUUGUCCGGCUUUGGGUUACACCUUCCGAUUAGCAGCUCAGAAUGACAUUGGUACUAGUGCGUACAGCCAGGAGGUGGUGUGCUACACUACAGGUAAUGUUCCUCAGACCCCUUCAGCACCAAGGCUUGUUCGAGCUGGUGUUACAUGGAUCACAUUGCAGUGGAAUAAAGUAGAAGGAUGUACACCAGAGGAAGUGAUUUCCUACACCCUGGAAAUUCAGGAAGAAGAUAACGAUAGCAUGUUUCACCCGAAGUACACUGGAGAGGAGCAAGCCUGUACUGUGAAGAAUCUCAGAAGAAGCACACAGUAUAAAUUCAGGCUGUUUGCUUCUAAUGUGGAAGGAAAGAGUUCUCCCAGCGAAGUGUUGGUCUGUACAACAAGCCCAGACAGGCCAGGACCUCCAACCAGACCUGUUAUUAAGGGGCCAAUAACAUCUCAUGGCUUUAGUGUGAAAUGGGAUCCUCCGCAGGAUAAUGGUGGUUCGGAAAUCCUGAAGUAUCUACUAGAGAUUUCUCAAGGAAGUCCAGAUGCAAAUCAAUGGGAAGUGGCAUAUAGUGGAUCAGCUACAGAAUAUACCUGUACUCACUUGAAACCAGGCACUUUGUAUAAACUCCGGGCAUGCUGUAUCAGCACUGGUGGACACAGUCAGUGUUCUGAAAGUUUACCUGUCCGUACACUAAGUGUUGCACCUGGUCACUGUCGGCCACCAAGAGUGUUGGGGAAGCCGAAGCACAAAGAAGUACAGCUACAAUGGGAUGUCCCUCCAUCAGAAAGUGGCUGUCCCAUCUCAGAGUAUAGCGUAGAAAUGACAGAACUUGAGGAAUUAGUUUCUGAAGUGUAUCAUGGGCCUGAUCUGGAGUGCACUGUCAGCAACCUUCUUCCUGGAGCAACAUACCGGUUCAGAGUGAGAGCUCUGAAUGAUGGUGGGUACGGGCCAUAUUCAGAAGCUACAGAAGUCACCACAGCAGCAGGACCACCUGGCCAGUGCAUAGCACCUUCCUUGUCAUUUCUGUCUGACACAUGUGUACUUAUAAGCUGGGAGAAUCUUGAAUGUUCUGGUGCUGACAUCUCUGAAUACAGAUUAGAGUGGGGAGAAGAUGAGGAAUCUCUAGAACUGGUAUAUAAUGGCACAGACACCUGUUUUGAAAUAAGUGAUCUGUCAGCGGCAGCGCAUUACUGCUGUAGGCUACAGGCUAUUAACCAGGCAGGAGCUGGACCUUACAGUGAUCUGGUAACCUGCCGAAUCCCCGCAUCUGUGCCUGAUGCAGUCUCUAUGCUCUCCGUGGUGGAGGAUGAGCAUGUGGAUGCCUGUCAGCAUUCACCCUCUGUGUGCCUUGUACUGAACUGGGAAGAACCAUGCAAUAAUGGAGCUGAGAUUACAUCAUACAACAUUGACCUGGGUAACAUCAGCAUUCCAGUAGGAAAUGUUACAAGUUAUGUUAUCACUGAUUUACUUCCAGAAACCUCAUACCG